AUGUACGCCGAGCUGGUCAUCACCGCGAGCGUCGCGAUCGCGCUCUCGUUCGCCAUGUUCUGGGCGAUGCCGCCGCGUCUCGCCAAGGCGACGUUGUUUUUGUUUUUGACAAACACCGUGAGCGUCUCGUUCGGCAGCGCGAUGCAGUACUGGUUCACCGUGGACGAGGAGUGUAACCCGGGCGGGCCGCACUUCGACUACUUGUUCUUCACCGUGUACACCGCCGUCGUCGCGCAGGUGUUCAGCGCCGUCGGCAUAUGGCUCUUUAACCGGUACUUCGUGAAGUUUCGGAUGCGAAGGGCGCUCAUGAUCAGCGCGGUCAUAUCCAGCGUGUCGUCCAUAGGCGACCUCGCGCUCGUGCUCAGGUGGAACAAGGCGUGGGGGAUACCGGACAAGGCGUUUUACCUCCUCGGGGAUACGAUCUUAGAGCCCGCGGUGGGGAUGAUGGCGUACAUGCCGUGCACGGUGCUGAUGUCCAAGCUGUGCCCUAAAAACAUGGAAUCGACGACGUUCGCGAUCCUCGCGUCGUUCAGCAACCUCGGCGGCGCGCUGUCGCGCUCGUUCGGCGUCUUCGCGAUGUCCGCGGCGGGCAUCAAGACCGACCUCACCGACGGCGGGUCGUGCGACUUCGAUAACCUCCCCGUGCUCAUCGUCGUCUGCGGGAUGAUCCUCCCUCUGGUCGCCGUGCCGCUGACGUACGUGCUCAUACCGGACAUGGACAUGCACGCGGAGUCCGUUGAGGAGGAGAGCUCGCCGGACGCGACCGAGGGCGAGCGGACGCCGCUGAUGCGCGGCGAAAGCGAGGGAGCGAGGGGGGGGUUGAGGAAUAGAGCUUAG